AUGGAUUGUGCAACUUAUCUGUUGAUGGGAGAAGCUGAAUAUUGGUGGAGAGGAACACGCAUGAUGAUGGAAUCUAACCGUGUGCCUGUGACGUGGGAUGCUUUCUGCGUUGUCUUUAUGGACAGGUACUUUCCGAUUAGCGCAAGGGAAGAAAAGGAAGCACAAUUCUUGAAGUUGUUUCAGGGGAAUAUGGUGGUGGCAGAGUAUGCCGCUAAGCUGGAAUCUUUGGCGAAGCACCAUUUCCUUGCCAACCGUGUUGAUGAGGCGUACCUAUGCGCUAAGUUUACGAAUGGGCUCCGACCUGAGAUCAAAGAGUCGGUGCAUCCUUUGGGGAUACGUGCAUUCGAACCGUUGGUGGAGAAGUGCAGGGAGAUAGAAGCAAUAAAGAACAAGGGGAAGGAUAAGCUGUACCGAGGAGGACCGAUGAGGUCCGGAAGCCAAGGCCAAGGAGGGCGCGACAAGGGGAAACGACAUCAGAGGAAGCCUUACCAUCGUCAACAAGAAGAUGAGAAGUCUCAGGGAGGGUACAUACCCAUGCCUACAGCCCUAGGAAGACAAGGGAGCCAAGCCCAAAACCGUGGUGUUCAGUGCUUCAGAUGUGCAGAGUUUGGGCAUUUUGCCGCUGCUUGCAAGGAGGAUGGACCGUUAUGCUACAAUUGUCACAACCCGGGACAUCUUUCCAGAGACUGUAGGGCACCAAAAGUGGAGCUAGCUGUGUGCGUUACACGAGGGACUCACCCGACUAUCGAAGAACGAGUGCACUUAAUGGUGGGGAUUGAGGCUACUGAUGCUGAGGAGGAGACCUGA